AUGGCCGGCGUGUGCCUGACAUUCUUGCGCACAGGCGGCUGCCAGCUGGGCGCAGCCUGCCAGUUCCAGCACCCUGCCGGCUUGCGAGAAUCAUACGCGGCUGGGCGGCGAUCGGCGCAGACUGCAGCGGCUGGCGCUGUGGGCGCUGCGCUGGCGGGCCUGCCGGCGGCGGCCGGCACGGGCGUGCAGGCAGCGGCGGCGGCCUCUAUGCAGGCAUGGCAGGCCAACCAUCAGCUUGGGCAGCAGCCAUGGGCGCAGCACACGCAGUCGGUGGUGCUGACAAGGCCGAAAGCGGGUGUGUGGCCCCCGCUGCCGCCGUUGCCAUUUGCUGGUGCCCCGGUGCAGUCGCAAGGUCUGCCAUCCUCAUGGAAGCCUCAGCAGCCUCAGCAGCAGCAGCAGCAGCAGCAGCAGCAGCAGCAGCAGCAGCAGCAGCAGCAGCUUGUACAGGCCCAGCAGCAGGGCCAGAAGCAGCAGCAGCAGCAGCAGCAGGAGCAGGAACAGCAGCAAGUAGCGCGAGCCGCGCCGCCCACUACCCCUGAUUUGCAGUGCGCCCCCAUCUCGUUGGGGACGCGCUGGCCAUCCCAGAUGCAGGGGGCGGGACAGGGCUGGGGCGCGCAGCAGCAUGGGCAGGACCCAGUCUCAGGCGGCAACCGCCCCGCCGGCGGCGAUGGUGGUGGUGGCGGCGGCGGCGGCGGCGGCGGCGCGCGGCGGCGGCCAUCCUCUGUCAACCUAUCGCGCCACUGGAUGGCGUCCAAGGAGGCGCCCGCGGCGGACGGGGGCGCUGGCGAUGGGGUGCGGCUGCGCGUGAUGAGCUACAAUUUGCUCGCGGACGCCCUGGGCCCCAUCAUUGAUGGAUACGGCGGGCCGCAGGCCCACGAGCACGCGAGGGAGCUCUACCCCAGCUGCAGCCCACGCGACCUGGAGUGGGGCCCGAGAUGGGCGCUCAUGCUGCAGGAGAUCGAGGCGCUGUCUCCUGACGUGCUGUGCCUGCAGGAGGUUGACCGCUGGGGGGAGGUGCAGGCCGCCCUGCGGGCCCUCGGGUACGAAGGCACCUACGUCCAGCGGACUGGCGACAGGCCCGACGGCUGCGCAACCUUCUGGCGCGCGUCCCUCCUCGAGGCACGCGCCCUGGAGUCCCUUCGUUUCCAGGCGAGCGCGGCCGCAGAAGCAGCGCAGCAGCGCCGCCACGCGCCGCUCGGAUUGCCUGCCAGAGAUUUUGGGCUGCGGGACAAUGUGGCCGCCCUGGCCCUCCUGGCUGUGAAGCCGCGCGACCAACCAACCGCCGCGGCGCCUGCAAACGGCGGCGGCGGCGGCCGCCGCAGCCCGACGAAGCGCCGGCGCGUGUCCUCGCCGGGCACGGACGCGCUGGCCGCCGGCGCCGCGCCGCCGCUGGUCGCGGUCGCCAACACGCACGUCCUGUUCAACCCCAAGCGCGGCGACAUUAAGCUCGGGCAGCUGCGGCUGCUGGCCGCGGCGCUCGCGCGGCUCGCGCGCGCCGGCGGGGCCGCCGACGGCGGCGGCGGCGGCGACGACGGGGGAUGCGAGGCGCGGCACGAGCCCGCCGCGGCGCCGGUGGCGCUGCUGCUGAUGGGCGACCUGAAUCUGGCGCCGCACAGCCCGGUCUACGAGUUUGUGGCGCGGGGGGAGCUGGACUGCAUGAUGCAUCAGCGGAGAGACCUGUCAG